GCUAGCUCAAGUAACACAUUUCAAAAUGUUCGCAAAGAUUGUCAUCUUCUGCGCUGCCCUCGCAGCUGCUCAUGCAUCCCUUAUUGGACCAUUGGGAUUGGGAGCACCUGUGCUCGCUGCUGGACCCUUGGGCAUCGGAAAAGGACUGAUCGCUGCCCCUGCCGUAGCCACCGUUUCCACCCAGAGAGCUACCAUCAACCACGUUGCCCCUGCCGCACCACUUGGGCUUGCCGCUACUCUUGGUCUCGCUGCUCCUCUUGGUCUCUCUGCUCCCAUUGCUGGCGCUGCACCCAUCGCCCUCGCCAACGGAGUCAUCGCCGGCAACGGAAUCCUCGCCAACGGACUCGUAGCUGGAGCCCCCCUGGUUGCCGGUACUGGCCUUCUUGGUGCCCCUCUUGGACUUGGUGUUGGAAAGCUCGGUCUUGCAGCACCUCUUGGUCUUGGACUAGGAAAGGCUAUCUUGUAAAUCUAUUUGC